AUGUCGUCACCCAAAAACGAGGCUGCGUUCAUUUUACAUCGAUCAAUGAUUGACUGCAGAUCAAAACUGAAGUUGAAUUCCAACUGCAACCAAAAGGGAAAUCCGAUCUCACCGAAGAUGCUAUUGCCAUCCAUACGUUCUGUGAAAGAAACAUCACUUACUCUACUGUACGAAGGGAAAGAAAUCACAGAAUUUGCAAUGCAACCUCAAGAUGUGACUUCAGUAAAGUUGAAAUGGUAG